AUGGCGGGCCCCGUCCCUGCGGAUAGUCGGUCUGGCAAACGAGGAGCGGGUAGAGCGCGGGCCGGCGGACUGGUGAGAACUCGAGGAGCUGGAAGAUUGUUCGGGGGAAUCAGACGUGGAAGGAGAGGGCGGCGAGCGCUGGGCGUCUCGAUGAGUCGGGGUGAAGCCAGGGGGCAGGAAGAAGCGCGGACUGGAACAGAGGAAGCAAGCGGGGGCGGGGCGGUCUGGGGGGCGGAUGAUCGAGGAAAGCCACUGGGCGGGGAGGGCCGCGGGCGCGGCGAGGGUGCGGCCUUCACCUUGCUGGUUUUGAAAGCCCGCUGCAAUCUGACGCCGAAAACCCUCGUCAGCCCCCGUCUCGAAAUUGUUGCUGGUUUAAUGGGAGAAAAUAGUACUGUUAUGGACUAUAGACAUAACGGAAAAUGGAACGGUCUGAUAGCUGAUCUGGUGAACCGAAAAACCGACAUGGUGAUGACAUCGCUGAUGAUCAACUCUGAGCGAGAGGCGGUGGUGGACUUCACUGUGCCCUUCAUGGAGACCGGCAUAGCCAUCUUGGUGGCAAAACGCACCGGGAUCAUCUCCCCAACGGCUUUUCUUGAACCUUUCGACACAGCAUCGUGGAUGCUGGUUGGUGUCGUCGCGAUCCAGGCUGCCACUUUCACUAUCUUUCUCUUCGAAUGGCUGAGUCCGUCUGGAUUCGACAUGAAGCUGGCCAAGCCAUUUAGCCACAAGCCCAUGUACAAGUUCGGUACUAUCCCAUGGAGCCAUACAGAUUCAACGCUGAGCAAAUAUUUCAAGGAAAUGCACACUUACAUGAAGCCAUACAACAGGUCAACUGUCGGCGAAGGAAUUGAAGCUGUAUUGAGUGGGGAACUGGACGCCUUCAUCUACGACGGCACCGUGCUGGACUACCUGGUGGCACAGGACGAGGACUGCCGCCUGCUUACCGUGGGCUCCUGGUACGCCAUGACGGGCUACGGCAUUGCCUUCACGCGCAACUCCAAAUACGUGCAGAUGUUCAACAAAGGCCUGCUGGACUUCCGGGAAAACGUUUCUGUCCGCCUUCCUGCUGCUGAUGGCCGGCAUCCUGCUGGCCGCCGUGCUGCUGUUGCUCGAGCACCUCUACUUCAAAGCAUGGGCAAGUCGCUGACCUUCCGAGGAGCCGUGUUCGAGGCCCAAGACAUCCUGCGCCACCACCGCUGCACCGACCCCAUCUGCGACACCCACCUGUGGAAGGUGAAGCACGAGCUGGACCUGGCCCGCAUGAAGAUCCGGCAGCUGCAGAAGGAGCUGGAGUCGCACGGCAUCAAGCCCAGCCGCAGGACAUGCAGAACAGAAAUUGCAGAAAUGGAAACAGUUCUGUGAUCAUAGGAACGACCACUACUUGUCCAAAUACUCUUCAUCUACACAAUAAUUGCAAACAAUACACUAAUAUCAACGAAUGUUUUCAAAGAAGCUGUCUAGAAAGAAGUUUCCAGAGGAAAAGCAUUUUCCACAAUCUUAACAAUCAUACUUUUAAAAACAAAGAUGAGCUCAUGAUAAUACUUGAGCACAAUACUCUACAUUGGAUGGCGGGCAUCUGCAUCUCACCCUAAGACGCGAUGUCCGUCGUAAAUGCUAAUUUUAAAUGAAGAUAGAACGCAUUGAUUAUGAUAAUAAUAAGGAAGACCAACUGAACUUACAGAUAAGGUUUAAUUAUUUUCUUGUAUUACGCGAAUGUUCUAUUGUUUUGUGUUUUGAGUGCACAUUUAGCUCAUUAUAUGUUUGUGCGGUGUAGAGUAAUAAUGUUUGUUCGUUUAAUCAUAGCUUUAACAAUUAAAAAACAGGAACACUAUGUAAAGGUGAAGGUGGAUUAAAUGUGAAUUUUAUAUAAACUCUCUAGAAUACAACAAAUUGAGACAUUCAUGUGGGAUUUCAAAAUGUGCUCAAGAAAUCAAUAUGGUGCUACCCAGAUUAAAAAAUAAUACAUAGAAGAGAGUACUAUAGAGCCAUCGGAAUUUCGAGAAGCGAGAAAAGAAGAGCAAUCUGGUAUUGAAUUAUUACUGGAGUGUCUGUUAUAUUGCCAUUGUUAUAUUGUUCAUGUUCCGGUUGUUGUUGUUCGCUCUUGUGUUGUGAACACUGAUAUAUAGCGCUGGAACCUCAUGCUAUUCUCACAUGAGAUGUAAUUUGGUGUCCCCUUCUUUGUCAGUGAAAUGAAAUUUCAUAUCAUGGUGUUUUUACAGCUUUAAAUAUUUGUGACCGUUCUUAAAGCUUAAAUGUUAUAUGUGAGUAAAUAACUCAUUGUGUAUUCAGAAGCUAUGUAUCAAACAAAACGAUAUAUGCAUGGGAUUUUGUGUUAUUCCACGAGUAGUCACAAAUUAUGUGAGUAGUUUUACAGUGUUAGGAUAUCUCCCCAAAACGUAUAAAAACGUUUGACCCCCUCGGGCAAUUUUUGCCUAGCGCGCAGUAUCCUCACAAAUACACCACACACACACACACACACACACACACACACACACACACACAUUGUCUACGGACUGCCGU